UAUCGUUGACUUGAAAUAAUUCUUCAACCGUGUUGGCCCCGUUUCACUCAAUUUCUCGUCUUCUUCCUUUACUCAUUCUCUGUUAAUUUCCUUUUCUUUGUUUUUCCUCUUCUUUUAUCACUGCAACUUUUAAUAACUUGAUUUCCCCAAAUCCAUUUGGUGAUAACUGUGGCAGCAUCUUUUUCUUUCACAAGCGAGCCAAUUUCCUUGGGCCGCAUUUCAGAAAUCAGAAGCAGAAGAAAUGGUGGACGCAGUGGUAACUGUAUUCUUAGAGAAACUUCUAAAUGUUCUCACUGAGGAAAGCAGAUUUCUAAGUCAACACAGACAACAGUUUGAAAAGUUAAAGAAUGAAUUAUUAUUCAUGCAAAGCUUUCUCAAGGAUGUAGAGAGGCUCAAGAGGAAACACACCACUCUUAAAACGGUCAUGGCCUCUUUGAGAGACUUAAUCUUUGAAGCUGAAGAGAUACUGGAGGACUGCCAGAAUCAGUCAGCAGAUAGUGAUGGGUCUACUAGAUUCUCUACGCGCUUACAUCCCAAAAGGUUAUCUCAUCGCCAUCAAACUGGGAAGCGACUUUCUGAAAUCAAUGACAAGAUCACGGAAAUAAAGCAAAACAUUUCGACAUACCUUGGAGUGCCACUUAUGAAAGAAGGAAGUAUAGAGGCACACGAUAAUCUAAUGACAAGAUGGACUUCUUCCCUUUACAACCACACUCAGGUAGUUGGUUUGGAAGGUGACACAGAGAAGAUAAAGGAUUGGCUAUUUGAAGCAAGUGAUGGUUUACUUGCCGUUGCAUUUGUGGGUAUGGGAGGGCUCGGUAAAACCACUCUUGCUCAGAAAGUCUUCAAUGAGAGAAGCAUGGAGAAUCACUUUGAGAGGAGAAUUUGGGUAUCUGUUUCUCAAACAUUUACUGACGAACAAGUCAUGAGAAGCAUAUUGAAGAGUUUGGGAGAUGCAUGCAUUGGUGACGACCAGGGUGAAUUGUUAAGAAAAAUUAACCAGUACCUUUUAGGAAAGAGGUUUUUGAUUGUUAUGGAUGACGUUUGGAGCUUGGACAAUGCUUGGUGGCAGAAAAUCUAUUCUGGACUACCCAAAGGUAAUGGGAGCAGUGUUAUUGUAACUACAAGAAAUGAGUUAGUUGCUCGCAAGAUGGGAGUCACAGAAGCAAGGACACACUGGCCAAAAUUCCUGAAUGAGCACUACAGUUGGUUACUGUUCCGGAAGAUUGCAUUUGCAGCAACUGCAGGUGAAUGCAAUUUUCCUGAAUUGGAGGAUAUGGGAAAGGAGAUCGUGGAAAAAUGUAAGGGUCUUCCAUUAGCAAUCAAAGCAGUAGGAGGAGUGAUGCUUUGUAAACCACCUUACUAUCACGAAUGGAGGCGUAUUGCAGAUCAUUUCCGCGAUGAAUUGAAAGAAAAUGAUAACUCAGUGAUGGCUUCAUUACAGUUGAGCUAUGAUGAACUACCUCCAUACUUAAAAUCCUGCUUCCUUUGUUUUUCACUCUUUCCUGAGGAUUGUGUCAUACUUAAAGACAAGCUGAUCCGUUGGUGGAUCGGAGAAAGUUUCAUCCCUCUGAGAAGUGGUAGGUUAUCAACUGAAGUUGGAGAAGAUUGUUUCUCGCAACUAUCCAAUCGAUGUUUGAUUGAAGUUGUUGAUAAGGCUUACAAUGGUGUGAUCCAUACUUGCAAAAUGCAUGAUAUGGUUCGUGAUUUGGUGAUCAAAAUUGCAGAUGAUGAUUCAUUUUCCACCCCAUCUGAUGCAAAUUGUCGGCAUUUGGGUAUUAAUAGUGCGAUGAAUGGGAAGCAACUACUGAGCAAUCGAAAAUUACGAGCACUGCUGACAACCACCAAGAGUGGUGAAGUAAACAAAAUCCCUUCUGAUAUUGCUAGGAAGUUCUGCAAUAGUCGACACCUCCAGGUACUGGAUCUGUCCAAAUCAAUUUUCGAUGUGCCUCUUUCAAGUUUGCUGGAAGGCAUUGGAUCUGCCAGACAGCUUGCUUAUCUCAGUUUAAGCAAUACACACCCGUUGAUUGGUGUUCCAGAUUCCAUAUCCAAUCUUGAAAAAUUACAGAUUUUGGACUUCAGCUAUUGCCAGAAUAUGAAAAUGCUCCCCUCUUGUGUUUUAACAUUUGUGGAACUAGCAAUUUUAGAUUUGAACCACUGUGGGUCACUUGAGUACCUGCCAAAAGGAUUGAGUAAGCUUUCCAAUCUUCAAGUACUGCUUGGAUUUAAGCCUGCAAAAUUAAGCCAGCGUGGAGGUUGUCGUAUUUCUGAACUCAGAAGCCUUACUCGACUGAGAAGGCUCAGUUUAAGACUAACUCAGGAUGAGGAGAUUGGCGAUGAUGAGGGGAAUGCACUGAUAGGUCUCCAAGAACUUCAACUUUUGACAAUAAGUUGCUUUGACAGUCAAGAUGAUGGACUAGUCACAAAACUUGGUAAACUUUAUCCUCCUCGACAACUCCACGAGCUGAUUCUUAAAUUCUAUCCAGGUAAAAUAAGUCCUGAAUGGCUUAACCCCACAUCUCUCCCCAUGUUGCGAUAUAUGUCAAUCAAUUCAGGUGAUAUGAAAGAAAUGCACGACAACUUCUGGGGUGAUCACACUACUGUUUGGAAAAUUGAGGGGUUAAUGUUGGAAGCUUUAACUGAUUUGAGAUUGGAGUGGUCAGCAGUAAAUCGAGUGAUGCCUUCGUUAAGAAUACUCAAGGCUAGCUGGUGCCCCGAGGUGGAGGCAUUUCCAAUUGAAGAUGCAGGAUUCAGAGGGGGCUUAUGGAAGAAGGAAGAAUAUAGCCAUAGGUGUUGACAAGAGACACUUCAACUCAAUAGUUACAUCCUCUUUUAUAUCUUACUUUUCUUUUGUGAAUCCCAAUACUUUGUAUAAAUACGUUGAGUUCAUGAUUUUUUUUUCCCUCCAGCUGUAAAAGUUUAAUUAUUUAUCCAGAGAUUGAAACAUAAGUUUCUUGGAUUUUUUCUUGUCAAUGCAAUGACAGAUCAUUAUUGUAUAAUCUCAUACAAGUAAUAACAUUUUUCCACUUAGAUUCGUUCA